UAUCGCUAUCCAGAGCUGACCCUUUGUGGAAACCGCGGCUACGGAGACGGGCUUCUCUCUGGCAUGGUCAUCGGUCUCCCCCCGGUGCUCAACUUCGGCAGCGAGGAGGUGAAGCGAAAGUGGUCCAGAAGUUCUGCAGGCAAGAAGUUCAUCUCGCUCGCUAUCUCUGAAGCGCAUGCUGGUUCGGAUGUGAUGGGCCUGCAGACCACCGCUGUCAAGAGCGAAGAUGGCAAGGAGUGGAUUAUCAAUGGAACGAAGAAGUGGAUCACCAACGGCACGUUCUCGGAUUACUUCACUGUCGGGUGCAAGACCGAGGAUGCUUUACUGUCAUUCUCGUCGAGCGCGGACCUGGUGUCGAAACAAAGCCGAUCAAGACUAGCCUGCAUGGAUCUGCAGUACUCUGCUGCAGCCGGAACUGCGUUUAUUACCUUCGACAAUGCUCGGGCACCUGUCGGCAACACUCUGGGCGAAGAAGGCGGAGGCAUCUUUGUGAUGCUGAGCAACUUCAACCACGAGCGCUGGGUGAUGUGCUGCAACUCGGCCCGCGCUCAGCGUGGAAUGGUCGAAGAGUGUCUGAAAUGGACGAAUCAGCGCAAGGCUUUUGGCAAACCGCUCAAUUCGCUUGCAAUCAUCCGUUCGAAGCUCGCUGCGAUGAUAUCGCGGGCCGAGAGUUGCCAGACCUGGUUGGAAUCCAUCAGUUACCAGAUGUGCAACAUGUCCUACAAACAGCAAGCAUCUAAGCUCGCUGGACCGAUCGCAUUCUUGAAAGCAUAUUCCACUUCGUGCGGCCAAGAAACAGCGGCAGAUGCCGUCCAGAUCUUCGGUGGGCGAGGUAUCACCCGCACGGGAAUGGGCCGAUAUGUCGAGCAUUAUCACCGUACCAUUGCAUUUGACGCGUUGCUUGGAGGUGCUGAGGACGUGCUCAGGGAUCUCGGCGUCCGGCAAGCGAUGCGUGCCAUGCCUGCGGACGCGAAAUUGUAG